AAAAAAAAAAAAAAAAAACACAAAUAAACUUGUCUAGUGUUAGCAUGUCUUGAGAAGCCGUGUGUGUGUGUUUAGUACUACUACUACUCUACUAGCUUUGUCUGCUCUCCUCAUUUUCAACUAAUUUCUCUCUCCUCCUCCUCUCUCGGCCAAUUAUUUUUUUACUAGUUCUCAAAGACAACCCCUUUACAAAGGAAAAAAAGAAAAAGAAAGAAAAAAAAAAUCAGUUCUUUGAAGUAUAUACAAAAACCCACCCUUCAGAUGUGCUUCUCUCUCUCUCUCUCUCUCUCUAACCAUCUGAGAGGUUCAUCUCUCUCUCGGUCCUCCUCAUGAACUCGUGCUUUGCACAAGUCUUGUAGUCCAAAAUGGAUUUUAGCUUGGUGAGCUUGGAGAGUUUGGUGGGUCCCACGAAUCCUGAAGGUGGAUCAGCUUCUUCUUCUGAGGCAAAGCAGCAGCAGCAGCAGCAUCAACAAAAGGGUGUUGGAUCUGGGUUUGUGAAGCAAGAGAGGCCCGGGCUUGAAGAAGAUGAGUGGAGGAGCUCAAAAGUUGCCAAAACUGUGGAUUUGUCAUCAUCGGCCUACAGGGCAAUGCCGUUUUCUCAAGGGACAAAUGUUAAUAAUCCUCUUAUGAGAUCUAAUCCUUUGUUGCUCUCUGCUGAUCAUGUUCGCCACCAACAAGAGCAUAUGCUUAGCUUUUCUUCUCAGAAACCGGAAAAUCCGUUUUUGGGCAAAGAUGGUGCCGGUUUGGCUUUUCCUUAUUACCAAAGAAUGACCCCUAUUUACUCUAGAAAUGCUGCUGGUUAUGGUUCUGGAAGCUUGAAUACAAGCAUGCAUGUGCCUUAUACUGGAAUUAGAGGACCAUUCACUCCGUCUCAGUGGAUUGAGCUAGAGCACCAAGCCUUGAUCUACAAGUACAUCACUUCAAAUGUCCCUGUCCCAUCCAAUUUGCUCAUUCCCCUCAAGAAAUCCCUCAAUCCUUAUUCCCUUUCCGGUUCAUCUUCUGCUCCUUUGCCUCCCAAUUCAUUAGGGUGGGGCUCUUUCCAUCUGGGUUACGCGGACAACACCGACCCCGAGCCGGGGCGGUGUCGCCGGACCGAUGGGAAGAAAUGGCGGUGCUCGAGGGACGCUGUUGCCGACCAGAAGUACUGUGAGAGGCACAUUAACAGGGGCCGCCAUCGUUCAAGAAAGCCUGUGGAAGGCCAGACCGGCCAUGCCGCCUCUGGGGCCGCUGCCACCUCAAAGGCGGUGCCGCCGAUGACCUCCUCCGUCUCAACGACGGCGGCGAUGUCGUCGGCAAUGCCCAUUAGCGGCGCAUCCAACAGCCUCGCCACCAUCACGCAGCACCAGUUCAAGGGCUUGCAGUCUGGUGCGGCUGCUAGUUCUACAGAUGCUGCUCUUGUCAACAGAAUGCAAGACUUAAGGGGCCUAUCCGUGAUGUCUUCUUCAAAUGUUAAUCUGAAAUCUAAUGACUCCACUUUUAACAUUCUGAAACAAGAAAUUGUACCCGGAGGAUCCUCUCAUUUGGAGUUUGGGCUUGUCUCUACCGAUUCACUACUUAACCCCUCACAAGAGAGCUCUUACAUGGACUCCAAAAACUAUGAUACUUCUUCUUUCCUUGAUUUCAGUGGCCAGGAAACCCAAGACCAGCACCCGCUCCGCCAUUUCAUCGACGACUGGCCCAAGGACAACUCCGACCAAUCGGUCAUUGCUUGGCCGGAAGAGAUGAAAUCGGACUGGACCAAUCUCUCGAUGUCAAUCCCUGUAACAACCUCUGACUUCUCAUCCUCCUCAAACUCACCCAAGCAAGAAAAACUCGCCCUCUCGCCUCUAAGGCUAUCUCGCGAGAUCGAGCCAAUGCAGAUGAAUCUCGGGGUGAGCAAUGACCUUGGGGAAGCAGCUGCACGAAAGCAAACCAGCUGGGUGCCGGUAUCUUGGGCCGGCGGCUCAAAUUGUUCGAUGGGGGGUCCGUUAGGAGAAGUCUUGACGAAUACAACGGGGAAUGUGAAGGCCUACAAAAGCCCGUCUUCGCUUAACCUCUUGACAGAAGGUUGGGAUGGAAGCCCCCAGGUGGGUUCUUCCCCAACAGGUGUUUUGCAGAAGUCAACAUUCUGUUCUCUCUCAAACAGCAGCUCAGAAAGCAGUCCAAGAGCAGAUAACAAAAAGAACAUUGAUGGGGUUAGUGUAUAUGAUGAUGUUCUUGGUUCAACUCUAGCUACUUCCUCAGUCCCAUCUCUGUAAUGCCCAACUACUAAGCUACUAAUCCAGGCAAAGCGAAGGAGGAGAUUGGGAAGCUUGGAAUAAUAUUCUGAUCUUUGUUUUUGUUUGUAUUUGUAUUUGUAUUUUUUUCAAAACUUCAUUUUAUGCCCUUUUUUUGUUGUUGCUUAAAUUACAGAACUAAAGACAUGGCUUAUCCAAUCCCUAUUUGAAUGGAUACUAGCCAGUUUGACUCAUGUGGAAUAGUUGUUGGGUUAGCAAUACUUCUUUCUUUAUUUUCUAAUGAGUUAUGAUGUAAAAUUUGAAAGUGUUAAAUCUCUUUAAUUAUAUAAUAUCCAACUGGUUUUUUUUUUCUGGCU